AUGCAAUCAAGAUGUAUACUGGAUCCCAGCGACUGCGAGGCCAUGACGGAGCGAGCAACGCGCAUCCCGAAAGGCUUUUCGAGAGCAUUUUCAUUGGGAUGUGGCCGGCCGCGGGAAGCGGCGGUGCUGCAGGAGUGCGAGGCGGCGUGGAACAUGACGUUCAGCGGGUGGACGGCAGGCGGGGACUGCCUCUUAGCUGAAUUGGUCGGGUGCGACGCAGAGGGAAAGAUCGACACCCUGAACUUCUCGGGCUUACAUCUGAACGGUACCAUCCCCACCAGCAUCGCCACCCUCACUGCACUCACCCAGUUUGACUUCACCACGAAUAACUUCGCUGGGACCUUCCCCUCUUUCAUCACACGCCUCUCCCAGCUCUAUUACCUCGACGUUUCCCGGACUCGCCUCAGUGGCACCAUCCCCAGAUACCAGCAUGACUUUUCCUCACCCCACCUACUCCUCUCCAUCUGCCCGUCGUCGCUCACCCCACAGCAACCGCGCUGUUACAGACUCACCGCCAACACCAACGUGUCUGGGUCGCUGCCAGCCUCCCUUGGUGCUCUCGCCAAUCUCAUUAGAGUGGACUUCCCUGUAGGGGUGACAUGCGGCAGGGCUGGCAGCAGCUGUGAGAUUCAGCAGAACGCCUCCUCCUUCUUCUGCCGGGUUCUCUGCUUUGACUUCUGUGCCUCCUGCAUCCCAAUCAACGCAUCCCGUGUCUUCAAUCGUGCCCGCUGUCCCAAGUUCCCCGUGUCUCUCGUGGCACAAGCAAAGGGUGGGUGGAGUGAGGCUAGCAGCAUUGGCAGCAGCAGCAGUGGGGGGCAGAGGUACAAGGCAGUGAGUCCUCUCGAAGCGCGCCAGGUGUGGUUCGUUGUGAGGCGCGGCAACGACGAGCUUUCCACAGACUUUCAGAAAGAGGUGGCCACGCUUUGUGCUAAUACUGCUGCUGCUGCUGAUCAUGCGGUGGAGCAAGCAGAGGAGGAGCAGGUGCUAGUGUUUGAGUGGGUGCCAGGAGGCAAUCUGCACUGCCGCCUUGUUGCAGAGGGCAGCGCCCCUCUGUCGGUGUGGCAGUGCCUGGAUGUGACAGGGGGUGUGCUGCGAGGGCUGAAGCACAUCCAGAGCCAUGGGGUCGUGCAUGGCCGCAUACACCCACGCAACAUCCUGCUUGACACCGCCCUGCAGGUCCGUGCUGCUCGACUGGAACUACCUUUUCUUUUUAUGUACCUCUACCUGUCGCCCUCUUUCUGUCCCCUCUCCCCGCCCUCUCUACCCGGCUCCUCUCCCAUUGCUUACACUCUGAGCGCCUUUUCCUUCCCUCCUCCCGCCUCUUCUUUUCUCUCCAAAUCCCGCAUCCCCCCAUCCCCGCCCGUCAGCAUCGGUGUGGUGAUGCUGCAGCUCAUCACCGGACGCCCCGCCUUGAUACCAAGAGAUGCUGGCAAUGAUCGGCAAGGCAACAGCUCUGGCACCCCUGGUGGCAGUAGCAGCAACAGCAGCAACAGCUACAACAGCAGCAGCAGCAUGAGCAGCGUCUUCAGUGACAGUAGCUCAGUGCACAUUCGGGCCUGGGCACACCACAUGGUAUCGCGCAACAUGACAGCCCAGCUUCGCGCCGCCCACCUGCCCUCAGCACCCGACGCCAUCAUGCUGCCCAUGGUGCGCCUCGCCCUCUCCUGCACCGCUUCCGACCCCCUCUCCCGCCCCACUGUCACCGACCUGCUCCGCUCCAUCAAGGCCCUCAAGCGCUCCCUCUCCGCCCUCCCGCGCCCUGCCCUGCCAGGCCACACAGGGGCGAGCAGGGAUGGUGACAUGGCCAAUGCUGCAGGCAGUGGGGGGCCUGGAGAGAAGCAGGGUGGGGAGGGUGGGGAUGGGCUUUCUGGGGGUUUCAGUCUGAAUGCACUAGACGCAAAGUUAGACUGGCUUCUGGAGGAUAAGAUAGUGGUAGGUUUGUGGUCGAUUUGUAGAGAGAAAGUGAGACCUGGUUAA